CGCUCAUCACUGGUAACAUUACCUAAAUUACCUUGAUAUACUUAUGUCAGUGUGUCAGACUUCGAGCAUACGCAGAGGAGGUGCGUCAGGUUAUUUGUCAGAUUGGUCAGUUUCUCCUUCCUUUUCUUCAACGAUUAGUAAACGGUUGCAUUCGGUGCGCAGAUUGGCACUAUUUUGGCAGGUCUUUGGUAGUCUAAUUAUAUAAUGCAGACAUCAUGAACGUGUUGAUACCGAAUUGUUCGAAGAUGGUCGGGGUAAUGCCGUACACCUGUAGAAAUGCAUUACGUCAAGUCAAAGCUUUACAUACUACGGCAGUACAAAAUGCCGAAGCUAAGCUUAAGACCUUCUCAAUUUACCGUUGGAAUCCAGACAAAUCUGAUGAAAAACCAUAUAUGCAGAAAUAUAAAAUUGAUCUGAAUACUUGUGGUCCAAUGGUAUUGGAUGCACUAAUUAAGAUUAAAAAUGAGAUCGAUCCAACAUUGACAUUCCGUCGUUCCUGCCGUGAAGGUAUCUGUGGAUCUUGUGCUAUGAAUAUCGGAGGAGCAAACACAUUGGCAUGUAUCAGCAAAAUUGAUGAAAGCACAAGCACGGCGUGUGAAGUUUAUCCCUUGCCUCAUAUGUAUAUCGUAAAAGACCUGGUACCGGAUUUAAAUAAUUUCUAUGAUCAAUAUCGCAGUAUACAACCAUGGUUACAGCACAAAGACACGAAAGAAACUGGGAACCAACAGUAUUUGCAAAGUGUAGAAGACCGUAAAAAGUUGGAUGGUCUCUACGAAUGUAUUCUCUGUGCUUGCUGCAGCACUUCUUGCCCAUCCUAUUGGUGGAAUGGUGAUAAGUAUUUAGGCCCUGCAGUACUUAUGCAAGCUUACAGGUGGAUUAUUGAUUCGCGAGAUACUCAAGCAGUGGAGCGUCUGGAGAAAUUAAAGGACCCGUUUUCAGUUUACCGUUGUCAUACAAUCAUGAAUUGUACGCGUACCUGCCCAAAGGGUUUGAAUCCAGGAAAGGCGAUAGCGGAAAUAAAAAAACUGUUGGCUAAUUUGAGCCAGAAACCACAACCGGAUCUCACCGCAUCGGGAUCUUCAUAGUGAAA